UUGUUUCAGCUUUCACUACCCACCGACCAUGCGUUGGACUGUGGCUCAGGUAUUGGCCGUGUGACAAAAUGUGUUCUGUCGAAGUUUUUCGAUCACAUCGAUUUGGUAGACGUCACUCAGAAAUUUCUCGAUGAGUCUGUUUCCUAUUUGGGUAAAGUUAACGUGAAGGUAAAUCGUCGAAUCUGCUGCGGCCUGCAGGAUUUAAUUCCUGAACGCGGACGGUACAACAUGAUAUGGAUUCAGUGGGUAGCGUCUCAUCUUAUCGACUCUGAUCUGGGCGCGUUUCUCAAGCGGUGUCGCGAAAGUCUGUCGGCAGACGGCGGAGUCGUGGUGUUGAAGGAAAAUAUCUCGAGGGACUUGGAACAAGAUUUUGAUGAACUCGAUCAUUCAUGGACGAGAUCGCGCCAGUGCUUCCUUAAUCUUUUCCGCGACAAUGACUUGCAGUUGGUUAGCGAGCAUAAGCAGCGAAAUUUUCCGCAGUCGAUCUACGAAGUUCGUAUGUUUGCUGUUCAGUGA